CUGUAACGGUCGUGGAUGAGUUGUGUUGUGGUUUGUGGUGUUGGAAGAAGUACCGAAGCCGCACACCCCCGCGGAGUGUUGUUCCACCCUCACCCGUCCUUGCCACCCUUGCUCACCUGCUUUGCUGCUGACCUCCCUGUUUGCUUGAUUCGACACAGCGUGUGAAGAGCACACCACCAGCCCGCCACCAUGGCGCAGUACAAACCGUUGACCGACUCUGCGCGCCAUGGUCGAGAAUCUGGGCUCUUUGCCCAACACAAGGCGGAGAUACAAAGCUUAAUGUCUGAGCUUCAGGCCAGGGAUGCAGAGUUGAAUGAAAUGUCCGCCAGCCACAGCAAACAACUGGAAGCUUGGCUUGUUGACAAGCAACACAUCAAGCACUUGGAGGAGAUCAACGCGCAAAUGCGCGCUCAAGUGGGCUCGCUCGAGCGAGACAAUGCCAAUCUCCACCAACGGGCGCAAGCGCUGGCUGCGCAGUUGGAAGAAGGGCAGUCGAAGCAGGAGGACCUCCGCCAACAGCUCAUUGAGACGGAAGACAAGCUCCACGCGAUGACGACCCGCUGGGAGAAUGCGAGCCGGGAGCUUGAGGCCGUAACGGAGCGGUCCAACACGUCCUCGGCGCUCAUCACAGAACUCCAGGACGCCAUGCGAGCGAUGCGGGAGGCGGACACGGCGACGCGGGAUGAGCUCGAGCGAGUGCAGGCGCGGUGUGAAGUGCUGCAGGCAGAGAAGGAGGCACUGGAGAGACGCCUCGAGAACACAGAGGCUGCCCGCGAGGCGCUGGACAACCGGUAUCAGGAGCUGUCGCGAGCACUUGAGAGCGCAAAGGCGAAGCAUUCGCACGCGGAGACGGAGCUAUCCCGGCGGGACUACAGGAUUGAGCAGCUUGAGAACACCAUCGAGGGGCAACGCAAGGAGAUCAACAAGUCGAUGACGGAUCUGAACAAGGCGCAGUCUGACAUUGCGAGUUACCAACGCGACAUUGCGCUCAUUGACAAAGAGCUGAAGUUGAGCCAGGAGCGCGAGCGAAGAAAAGACAAGCUGCUUGAGCUUGCAAAGAGCAAAGAGGAACGACAGGAGAAGGAGUUGCGUGCAAUGCGACAGGCGAGCGACCAGGCUGAUUCGUCAUACGCCAGCCUGACGCAGGAAAUCGCCUCCCUCAAGCGAAGGCUCCACGACAGAGAGACUGAGCUCAACAUGUAUCGCCAAGCAAGGUUGCAUUCCAAGGAGGAUGCCGCCAAUGUGCGGGCGGCGUUGAGCGACGUCACAAAGAGAUUGCAGCACCACGUCUCAGACCUCAAGUCCCAACACAGCAGCCCAGAGGGCGGUCGCGGGGAAAUCUCAGAUGCCGGAAGCGAACAUCACCACCAUCACCAUCAGCGACAGCAGCAACAACAGCAGCAGGGAGGUGGGUACGGCUCGCGCUGGCUGCAACGCGACAACACAAGCUCAACCUCUUCGCCUGGCACGGCGAGCGGCGAACACCACCACAGAUCCCACCACUACCAGCAUCAUCAACAACAGCAGCAUCAACACCAGCAGCCUCAGCAGCAUCAGCAGAGGAGGUCAGAGUACGGCCAGCCGGUGUCGGGUGGGGCAUUCCAGCAUCACCAACACGUGGCACGCACUGCCGCGUCACAGUGGCAGCGGCGGGACGAGUGGGGCACUGGCAGCAGCCAGGGAGGACACGGGUACGGCAGCGGUGAGCGCGCGUCAGCCACAUCCUCCCAUGCGCAGUCGCCGCUGCAUGGGCAGCCCUCGUAUCAGCUCCCGCAGGCACACGCGUCAUCACAGCACGCGCACACGCCGCCCGAGCACCGCGACGGCCGCCGCUCUGUGCUGUCGACGCUGCUGCGCUAUCACACGGGCGCAGCGGGCACGGGCAGGGGCGAUGAUGAGUCGCCAGCAAACGUCAAGCGACGAGAGGAUGACGGCGGCGUGUCGUCGUAUCCUGCGGCGCAGCACCGGCGAGAAGCACACGCGCACGGUGUGGUUGCACAUGAGAUGGCUGCGUCGGAGCUGGACAUUUCCACGCUGUCGACAGACACGCAGGACGUGGAGGCUGUGCUGGCGGCGACAGCGGACUUGCUGGCACGGACGCGCAAGAAGCUGAAGGAGGAUGAGAGGGACAGCAACGCAUCGUCCGUCAUGAAGCCGCACCAGCACCAGCAGGGGGGUGAUGAGCCCGAAGAGGGGCAGCAUGGUUAUGGCGAUGCAAAGGACAGCCUGCACGACCCGCGUAAGGACGAGCCCGUGCUGCAGCGGGGUGGCGGUGGCGGUGGUCAGCAUUCCCGCACGCACGGCGAUAGCAUUGGGCUGAAGGGCGCUGUUCCGCAUGGCUCGCCCGUGCGUCGGUCUGCUGAUGCCGAUAACCGCAGGCACUACCAACAACACCACCACCCCAGCCGCCAUCACGACGCUGACAGCAACAACAACAGCCGCAACGGCAGCCCUGCACAUCAGUAUUCGCAGCAGCAGCAGCAGCAGCAGCAGCAGCGAGGUGGAGGUGAUGGGUCGCCGCCGAGCACAAGUGCUGAUGAUCUGAUUCGCAAGUUGCGGCAGCGGCUGGAGACGCUGCCCCAGGAUGACCUUGGCGUGGUGUAAGGCAUGGGAGGAGAAGAGGUGUUUCAAGAGGGGUGAAGGGUGUGUGGUAGGUUGGGGUUGGAUGUUGGGGUUGGAGAGGCAUAGACGUGAGGGUGUACGCAGACGGUUAUGAAACAAAAGGUGAGUUGAUGUUUGUAUUUUACUUCUGUGCUGGGGGGGGGUGGUGGAUGACGCAUUGCGGCCGCUUCGUACAUACUUCCCUUUACUUGCUUGCUUGCUCUGAUUGUCUGGUGUUUCCUGCUUCUUUGUGGCUUGCUGCUUUCAUGGGUUGGAAUGGCUCCCAUUCUGUUUGCUUCAACGAUGAUUGCAAAGUUAGAACGUC